AUGGCUUGUCUAAAUCACAUACUGACUGGUGGUGCGACGGUUGGCUCUGAUUGGCUAAACAAGGUCACAUGGUCACUAUAUAAGCCGCCGCUGUGUCUGCUGCAGUAUCAGAUAUUUCCACAGCGAAACAUCAGACUCUUACUAACAUGGGCAAGGAAAGGACCAGCGUCAACAUGGCCGUCGUCGGCUACUACUAGAUCUUCCAUCAGCAGAUGGACGGCUAGUACAACACGACUUGACCCGGCUUCUGUACACGGACACACUCUGGACACGGACAACACGAUGCUAGCUCUCCCGGACCACAGCUAAUUCUAUUUGUAGGCCUACAUUGACCAAAUAAAUCAAAAUUAUCCGUA